AUGAAAACCGAACAGUUGCCGCAUCAAUGCGCAGCAACUUCGAAUAACAGUAACAAGAAGACGAAAGAGAAAAUGAAGGCGGAAAUCUUUGAUGAUGUGGACAAGAGGAUACAAAUUCCAAUGGCUACACGUAUGAAGAUGCAAAUGAAUAUGAAGAUGAAUGCGAGUCAAAAUAAUGUAAAUCUUCAUGAGGAUACGCGAUUACUGCGCUCAGGUAUUGAUCAGUAUCGUACUUUACAGCAAUUGACUACUACAUCCAAUAAAAAUACAACACGACGGUCUCGUGGCUCAGUGGAUCGACCAAUGGAGCGAGGAAUGUCUUUCAUGGAGAAGAAACAGUUUGGGGCGGCUAUUCCAUACUUCACGGAGGCCUUAGAUCUCUUGACAUUAACUACUUCACCUGAAGUAGCAACAAGCAAUAGUACCGUCAAGUUGUACAACCAACGUGGUUUAUGCUACUUGGCCUCGCAAAAGUAUAAAGCUGCCAUUGAAGACCUGUCUAGAGUCAUCCAUAUGACACCAAAGAGUGCCGAGCUGUACGCUAAACGAGGAAAAGCUUAUGCUGCCCUCGGAGAACACCAGGCCGCGUUACUUGAUUAUAGUGAAGCCAUUAAUUUGGCGGCUACUCACGGGUUACUUCACGAUUGUGGGUUGGAAAAGAGAAGUGAUGGUUUUGCUUCUAGUAGUGCUACUUUGGUACAAUUACGGGGAUUGUACUUGGCUAGAGCCAAAGUAUACAAGGCUAUGAACAAUAUUACUCACGCUUUGGAAGAUCUUAGCCAAGCAGAGAACUCAGCAGGCGGACAUCGUGACAUUGAGCUCUUUUACGAACGAGCACACUUGUAUCUGCAGUGUCAUCAAGAAUCUUUGGCAUUGCAAGAUUUCGACAGGUAUUUGGAGCUACAGGAAGAAGCAGAGGAAGGGCGACAUUUUGAUGCUUCAGGUGGUGUCGGUGAACUUGCAGGGUUUGUAGCUCCAGUGGAAGUGGAAGGAGAACCUAAAGCACGGAUGCUGGAUGUGCUGUUAGAGAGAGCCAAGUUACAGCAGCGAAUGGCAUUGGAAGAGAAUGCUCGGGAAAGGAAAGACAUAGAAUUAGCUGCAGUAGAACAGGGUCUAUCGACGCAGCAUUGUAGCAAAGGGGUGAAAAAGUCAUUGUAUACGUCCGUUCCUCCCAAGCCGGAACCGUAUCGAGGUAUUGAGUCUCGAAGACUUGAGAAACGUGCUUUGCGUGAUUAUUCAAAAGCAUUGGAACUAGAUUCGAGCAAUGCAGAGAUAUUUCGAUUGCGUGGUGAAGCACUCAUGCAUCUUGCACGGCAUGAGGAUGCACUGGCAGAUUUUGCAAGUGCGUUUGAGCUCGAUCCUCACGACUUUCAGGUGUGUAUGUCUCGCGCAAAGCUUUUCCGUCAGCGUGGAGAUUUAAAACGUGCUGUUGAGGAAGUUACUGCUGUGUUGCGUGUAAAUGGAUUUUUUAUCAACGGACUAAAACUGCGAGCGCAGCUUUAUGAGGAGUUGGGGGCGAUCAAAGAAGCGGAGGAAGACUAUUCAUCUAUUGUUCACGCGCACUUUGAAAAACGUGGAAUUGAGGACUCUGCACUUGCUGGUAAGGUUACGAUGGAGCUUGCGUCCGGUAGGACUUUGAACGUCGGCGGUCAUGUAGGAAAAUCGUCUCAGUUGUCAGGAAAGAAUGCGAAAGCUGGAGGAAGUGGGAAGAUCACAAGCGAAGUCGCGGCGCAAGCCUUGCUUAGUCGCGCGCGGUUGCGGUUGGCUAGUGAGCAGUUUGAUGCCGCGGAGGAGGACUAUCAGACAAUUUUGAAGUCAUUUGCCAACAAUAUGGAAGCUCAGCUGGAGCUGCAAGAGACCUGCGAGCGCAAAGCUGCCUUUGAAGAAAGAAAGCAGCGUGAGGCUUUGGCGUGGCUUGAACAAAAUGCCGACGAUGUCGAUGGUGCCGGAAACGGGAACGGUCCGACCGGAAAGAGUAAGAAGAAAAAAAAGAAGAAAAAGAAAAAGAAAAAAGCUGUUGCUAGUCCUGAUGGCUAUGUGUUGCUGGAGGACGAAGAGGAAUUGCUUCAACAGCAGGAAAAAGAAGGACGGGAAUGGGUACAGCGGAGUCCAAACCACGAAGAAGUGUUACAGAAUCAGAAGUCAAAGCAAACACAGUUACAAAAUGUGGGGGAUAAAAAAAAGGAAAUGGAUAAAACGGAGGGGUCUUCUUUCCGUGUCAUGUUGAAGGAAUCGCUAGAAUGUGACCAGGAAAGUGAAAGUGUGUUAGUGAAUGACCUAACAAUUGACCAACAGAAGACGGAUUCCGUGGCGAUGGUGUGUAACGGAAACGAAUUGUUGGAUAAAAUGGACGAAGUGCAGUUGUGUAAACCAUUGAGUGAAAGCCUACAAAUGGAUACUGAGCAAUACCGAGACAGCACAACGACAACCAUGACUACCCUUCCCACUGUUGUUUUGGCAAACGUCAUGACUCGAGAUGAAGCCUGGGAGAGCAUGUGGGACGAGGAAGCUGAUGAGCCGUUAGAAGCUGGAGCAGUUAGAAUACGAAUCCGAGCUCAGUCUAGUGUUGUUGCUGAAGAUGAAGACCAGAUUGAAAUUGAGACCCCAAGCAUGGACGAUAUUUCGUUAGAUAAGAAAAACAAGUUGUUAAAUGGCGAAGACCACAUAUCUGCAUGUAAUGUCGAGGAUGUGACUUCUUUGAACGCUGAUGCCGAAGCUAACGAUGAGGCUACAGGCAGCAGCGACGAUGAUGGGAAGGACAGUCAGGGUAUGGCAAAGGGUGUACUUGUGGAUGAGAAAUACUUGAAAAAGCGCGAAAAGCAAUUGAAGAAGUUGCGUGCAUGUCUACAGCAUGCAUGUGAUGAGCGUGACAAGAAUGCAAUUGAUGAAGCGUUAGCACGUGCCGAGCGCAAGCAAAUGAGUGACGCUCUACAAGAUGAUAUUCAACGUGCCCGUGAUGUUCUAAUUGAUAUGGCAGCAGAAGCUCAACGGUUGCGUGAAUCCUUGCCUCCUCCACGAUUUUCUUCAAGCUCAACGUCAGAUACGGAGCACGGGCGAAUGCAUCGAUUGAUGGAAACGCCUACGACGUCGCCACCAAAUGCAGAUCCCGGGAAGCUACCCUCGCUUGUGAUACGGCCUCUUGCUUAUGGUCAGGCAUUACAAGCUGCGGAGCAACACCAGCAGCAGUUGCGAGCUCACCAGAAGCUUCUUGAAGAAAAGGAUGCAGAGAUCGAACGGCUAAAGACACUGGUGGCGCAAAGCGAGCAAGGCCGAAGUGUUUUGAAUCCCCAAGAAGGGACACGCAAAACAGAGGUCUGUGUUCACAGCAAUUCAUUAGCUCUAGUUCGCCGAGCGAAUCGGCUGCGAACACAUUUCCCUGUGCAAGCUGCAGCAGCACGUCAAGCUGAAGAACUAAUAGAGUGGAUGGGUCCUAGCAAUGCUGCUGACUGUGUUCGGCAACAAGUCCUUUCUUUCGUGCAGCGUGUCAUAACUGCACAUUUUCCUCUAGCAGCAGCACCGCUGUUCUUCUCCACUGGAUCCUACCCAAUGAAGACGUACCUCCCCGGGUCAGAUUUGGACAUUUGUUUACUGGUACCGCAAGAACUGGAAUUGUCAUGGUAUUAUACCGUCACUCAGGCAUUAUGCGUCGCUGGAGGCAGUGGUGGGGUCGGAACUGUAUUGGACAUCGGUAUUGCGGGAGGUGCUUUGAAUGGAGGUAGCAGCUUGCCUUCCGGACCUGGGAGCACUGGUGUUGGAAGUAGCAGCGGUCCACUGCUGUUGACGAAUACCGUACGCAAUGUGACUUUUAUCAACGCCGACGUUCGAGUAGUCAAGUGUACGGUUGACAAUAUCUCAGUGGAUUUUACGGCAAACCGUGUGGGAGCGCUUGGUGCCGUGCAACUACUAGACGCUAUGGCAGUUCGUGUGGGACGGCAGCACUUGCUUAAGAAGAGCCUCAUUCUCAUUAAGGCUUGGUGCACACAUGAGUCUAGUCCUUACAUGCAAGCAGCAUUGGCGGAAAAUGGUGGGCUUGGGCUAUCGUUGGUUCCAGGGAGCACGCCGUUAAGUGUGAUGGGAGCUAGCCACGGUGCGCUCUCUACGUAUGCUGUGAACACGAUAGUUAUGGCGCUGUUUAAUCAGUACGGAGAUGCUCUCACCCACCCACUCCAGGUGCUGUAUCUGUUCUUAGAUCGGCUGGCUGAGUUUCCUUGGCACGAGUCGGCUCUUACGCUGCAUGGUGCUGUUCCCCUAAACCGUUUGGCAACAACGCCAUUGAAUGGAACCACGCCAUCUAUGCAAAAUCAGAAAUCUGCUAAACUGAGCGCCACCGAUGUUGAAGCGAUUCGCGACGCGUUGGAUGAUCAGUUUGGUGCGUUUGACGUAGCUCUGAAAAGUAACAGGGGAGCAACAACGGGGUUAUUCCCCAUUCGUGCAUGCAACAUUGUGGAUCCACUUGAUGACAAGAAUAACUUGGCGCGCAGUGUAUCCGCUGAAGGCUUCCCUGUCGUGAAGCGUGCCUUUCGGCUUGCAAGGGAUCAGCUUGCAGCGUUGCUCGCACCUCGAGCAUCGCACAAGGACGAUGAUACCGAUCUUUUGGGCGAAGAAACCGGUAACGAUGUGGGGAUGGUGUUUUUUGCGCGGUGUUGGCAGCUCUAUGGUCGUGGUGACGGAUGGCGGCCAGAUUUGCUAAUCCACCCGAGGCAAAUCUGGCAUGGUAAGGCUGCGUCAACUUCUAACACGGCAUUGAAAAAUAAAAAUAGGGUUUCCUCAGGGCCUCAUGCAGCUUCAGGUCCCCUGGUAGUGAGCAGCGACGAGGACGAAGAUAGACGUUGGGAAUCGGUAUUGCCGUCGCUGGAUGCCGGCGCUGUAAAUGCGCUGCUGCUCCAGCACCAGCAACUGCAGCAACAAGCCGCAGCAGCAGCAGCGUAUCACCACGGCACGAUGAUAGCAUAUCAGCAGCCUUACUACGGCCCCCCGCAGCAGCAACACGGACCUGCCAUUAGCUCGCCUAGAGGAGGUCUAGGACAGACAUCAGCACUAAUGAGCGGCCGCUGA